AGUCUGGCAACGCUAUUUGAACAGCUGUGCGCGUGUUGGUUGUUGGGGGUGUUUGUUGUUUUUAACUGGCGCUUAGAACACACAUUUUGCUAUACACUUUUUCUCUAAGAGCCACAAUAAAAUACUGAUUAAAAUGUUAAAGGGCAGCACAUUAAAGGCAUUGGAUGUAAGAAUUCUGCAGCGCUUCAUUGAAUCAAGUUGCCAGCAUCAGACCAGCGUUCGACAUCAUGCCAAUGGCAUUCAACGCACCUACAUAACGUUCAAUGACCUUCGCAAUAAAAGUCGCUCAUACACCAAAAAGGAGCUGGUCGGUUACUCUAUGCAGGACAUGUAUAGUGUUGUGGCCGAUGUGAGCAACUAUAACAAGUUUGUGCCGUAUGUGAAGAAAUCGCACGUGCACAGUCGAGACAGUGGUGGAUUCAAGGCGGAUCUUAUUGUGGGCUUUCCACCGCUUAAUGAGGCUUACACAUCGCGGGUGACACUGGAGCCGGUGUCUCUGGUGAAAUCCGAGUGUCACGAUGGUCGUUUGUUCAACUACCUCCUAAACGAAUGGCGCUUUAGUCCUGGCCUAAAGGAUAUACCCAACUCGUGUGUGCUGGACUUUAAGGUUGCCUUCCGGUUUAAAUCGUUGCUGCACAGUAAUAUUGCCAAUUUAUUCUUCGAUCUGAUAUGCGAUCAAAUGGAGAACGCAUUCAUACAGGAAGUGGGUCGCCGGAGUGGACCACCCUCAAUCCGUUCGCAUGUCCUUACAUCGAAGCGAUCCUGACAAAAGUAAUCCUUUUAGUUCUAAUCUAAGUUAAAUAUUUAUGUUGUACAAAUUGCGUUGACAGAGGUGUUUCAUAUAUUUUUGUUACAACAAUUAAACAAAUUGUAAAUAAAAUUGAUAACACAAGAACAUGGUAUAA